UUUAAUCGUUUAAUCAAAAUUUAAGGAUCCGAAUUGUUUGAUGAGAUGAAUUAAGUUGAAAGGGAUCCAGAUCCCUUUCCUCAGCCGUUUUCUGAGAAGUGAUCCUAAAAAAAGAAAUGUUUGUCGUUUAAUAAUAAACUAGAAAGAAUAACGACUCUUUCGAUCUUGCUUCUGCAGUUCGGAGUCGCGCGUUAAAGAUGGCGGCUUUGGAGGAUUCGCUGGUGAAUUCCAAGCUCUCUCCCCCCAAUACAUACGGAGCCGUCGUUCUCGGCGGCACCUUCGACCGAUUACACGACGGCCAUCGCCUGUUUCUCAAGGGGGCGGCGGAGCUGGCAAGGGAUCGGAUUGUGGUCGGAAUUUGCGACGGACCCAUGUUGACUAACAAGCAGUUUGCUGAUCUGAUACAACCCCUUGAAGAAAGGAAGCGUAGUGUUGAGAAUUUCAUCAAGUCUAUCAAGCCUGGGCUGGUAGUGCAAGCUGAACCUAUUAUGGACCCGUAUGGCCCCUCAAUAGUUGAUGAGAAUCUGGAGGCAAUUGUUGUCAGCAAGGAGACUUUACCAGGUGGACUGUCUGUCAAUAAGAAGAGAGUUGACCGAGGCCUGUCACAACUUAAGAUUGAAGUUGUAGAUUUAGUUUCUGAAGAAUCUAGUGGAGAUAAGCUAAGUUCAACAACAUUAAGGAAGCUUGAGGCGGAGAAGGCCAAGAACCAACAGCCAACAUAAACCAAGUUUAUUUCCAAAAAUUAGAAGCCAUUCGUUUUACUGCUAGUGUUUUGUCAACUCUUUGCAAAGAUGAAUGAUUUGAUGACCAAAUCUUUCUUAAGUUAUGUGGAACUGAAGAAACAGGCGCAGAAGGACCUUGAAGCGGAUCUUGAUGUCGAAGCAGGCGCAGGCAAACUCAACCCGUCCGACCAAGAAAACCUCUCUCAGUUCUUCCAAGAAGUCGGAGCAAUCAAGGCCGACAUGGAAGAGAUCACCAAUCUCUUGCACGAUCUCCAGAGCCUGAACACUGAGGCAAAGUCCACUCACAGUGCCAAGAUUCUCCGCGGGCUUAGAGACCGGAUGGAAUCUGACAUGGUCGCGGUGCUUCGAAAAGCGAGGAUUGUCAAGGCGAGGCUUGAAGCGCUUGAUCAGUCAAAUGCGACCAACAGAAAAAUGUCCGAUGCGUACAAGGAGGGAAGCACUGUGGACCGGACUAGAAUGUCCAUCACUGGUGGCUUGAGAGUCAAGCUAAGGGACCUGAUGGACAAUUUUCAAUCUCUGAGAGAGAAGAUUGUUUCGGAUCAUAAGGAAGAUCUGAAGAGGAGGUACUACAGCGCAACGGGCGACUUGCCAUCCGAUGAGAUGAUCGAAAAGAUAAUUUCCGGAAGCUUGAAAGUUGAAUUGUUCGAAGGGAAGACGGAACUGGAUAUUGGGAACAAAGUCCGACACGAGGCAGUGAUGGAUAUCCAGAGAAGUCUGACAAAGCUUCAUCAGGUGUUUCUCGACAUGGCUGUUCUGGUUGAGGCACAAGGCGAAGACAUUGAAAAUAUCGAAGACAAUGUGGCGAAUGCCGGUUAUUUCAUCAGUGGUGGCACAAACAGUCUUCACUAUGCCAGCCAGAUGAAGAAGAAGAACAAGAAGUGGGUUUACUGGGUGUGGGCUGUGGGACUGAUUAUACUUCUGGUUUGCAUUAUUUCGAUGUUCGCUUUGUGAUUAGAACAGAGUCGG